GCCAGGACGGCAAAGAUGUCGGCUUCCUUAGUUCGGGCAACUGUCUGGGCUGUGAGCAAGAGGAAGCUUCAGCCCACCCGGGCCGCCCUCACCCUGACACCUUCAGCAGUAAACAAGAUAAAACAACUUCUUAAAGAUAAGCCUGAGCAUGUAGGUGUAAAAGUUGGUGUGCGAGCCAGAGGCUAUAAUGACCUUUCUUAUACUCUAGAAUAUACAAAGACAAAAGGAGAUUCUGAUGAAGUUAUUCAAGAUGGAGUCAGAGUAUUCAUUGAAAAGAAAGCACAGCUAACACUUUUAGGAACAGAAAUGGACUAUGUUGAAGAAAAAUUAUCCAGUGAGCUUGUGUUCAAUAACCCAAACAUCAAAGGAACUUGUGGCUGUGGAGAAAGCUUUAAUAUUUGAAAUCUAAGGACUCUUCUGGCCGUAGGUUCCAGGAAAGCUCAUGGAAGCCUUGGGGCUCACUGCAGAAAUCAUGUGACUGU